UGUACAGAUUUUGGUCAGGGUUUCCUUAACCACCAUUUGUCAUGAGUUUAAACUCUCUUAUUUGGAAGGAAAGGCUUCGUCAGUGGAAUCUGGCAAGGGAAAACCUUUCAUGCAGAAGUGGAAGCACAAUUGUUUUACCCGAUGCAAGUGACCAUGCUCCUACGGAAGAGGUGGAACUUCUCCAAACGGAAAUGGAUAAUGAGCUUCGACAACCUCUUUCAAGAAAGAUGCUGAUCUCUUCUUCAAUGAUCAAUCCAUAUAGGGUUGUUAUCCUCUUUCGCCUAGUAAUCUUGGCCUUUUUCCUCCGGUACCGAUUGACCCAUCCUGUCAAGAAUGCACAUGGGCUUUGGUUAGCUUCUGUUCUUUGUGAGGUGUGGUUUGCCAUAUUUUGGACAAUAGACCAGCUCCCCAAGUUGCAUCCUGUGAACAGGGAAACAUAUCCUGAACGCUUAUGCUUAAGGUACAACCAACCAGGGAAACCAUCUGAGCUAGCUUUCAUUGAUAUCUUUGUUGGCAUUGUUGACCCGCUGAAGGAGCCACCCCUUGUCACAGCAAACACUAUCCUUUCUGUGCUUUCUGUAGAGUACCCGGCUGAAAAAGUUUCAUGCUAUGUUUCUGAUGAUGGAGCAGCUUUGGUAACACUUGAAACUCUAUUGGAAACCUCUGAAUUUGCAAAAAAGUGGGUACCAUUUUGCAAGAAGUUCAGCAUUGAGCCUCGGUCUCCGGAGUGUUACUUCUCACAAAAGGUUGAUUGCUUGAACUGUAACACGCUCCCAACAUUUUUCAAGGAACGAAGGUUAAUGAAGAGGCAGUAUGAGGAAUUCAAACUCAGGAUAAAUGGCCUUGUCGCUAAGUUUCAAACUGUUCCUCCUGAAGGUUGGUCUAUGAAGGAUGGCACUCCAUGGCCUGGGAAUAAUGCUGGAGAUCAUCCAGGAUUGAUACAGAUAUUACUAGGCCAUGGGGGUGCACAAGGCUGUGACUGUAAUGCAUUGCCUCAACUAGUCUACGUAUCACGUGAAAGGCGCCCUGGUUUCCAGCACCACAGGAAGGCGGGUGCCAUGAAUGCUCUGGUUCGAGUUUCUGCUCUACUUACAAAUGGGGCUUACAUUCUAAAUCUUGAUUGCAAUCACUAUAUAAACAACAGCCAAGCACUCCUUGAAGCUAUGUGCUUUAUGAUGGGCAGAAGAAACAUGAAGAAAGUGUGCUACGUUCAAUUUCCCCACAGAUUUGAUGGUAUUAAUGCAAACGAUCGGUAUGCAAACCACAAUACAGUUUUCUACGAUGUCACCUUGAAAUGUCUUGAUGGAAUACAGGGGCCUUUUUAUGUAGGUUCAGGAUGUUUCUUAAGCCGAAAAGCUUUGUAUGGUUAUGAUGCACCUCUAGAACCAUUAGCUUUCCAAACAAGCCAGUUGGGUCCUAUGAAGAAAAGUUCUAGGGACAGCCAUGGUUAUUUUAACUCUUCUCCAGUUAUUGAUGAAUCCAGGUCAAGUUUACUAGUGGAUUCUAGCAAUCUGGAAAUGGAAUCUCAUUCUGUAUUUCUUAGCAUGGAGAAGAUUUUUGGUCAGUCACCAUUACUUCUCGCUUCAAAUCUUGUUAAUGAUGAUAACUUCACAGAAUCUCUAAGUCCUAAUGAGAUACUAAGAGAAGCAAUCCAUGUCAUUAGUUGUGAUUAUGAAGAUAACACUGCAUGGGGGAAAGAGAUUGGUUGGAUAUAUGGAUCUCAGACUGGGGAUAUUCUAACUGGCUUUAAGAUGCAUACUCGUGGAUGGAGAUCUAUAUAUUGUAUGCCACAGCGUUCCGCUUUCAGAGGAUCUGUGCCCAUCAAUCUUUCUGAUCGCUUAAGUCAGGUGCUCCUGUUGGCCCUCGACUCCAUUGAGAUUCUUUUCAGUCGACAUUGUCCAAUUUGGUAUGGAUAUGGUGGCAGGCUGAAAUGGUUGGAGAGGAUUGCUUACAUAAAUAAUACCGUAUAUCCUCUCGCUUCUGUGCCCCUGCUUAUAUACUGUACUCUACCAGCCAUAUGCCUAUUAACCGGAAAAUUUAUCAUUCCAAUGGCUUCUAUUCAAGCAAGUGUCUGGCUUGGACUUCUUAUCAUAUCAAUUUGGGCUAAUGGAGUCCUCGAGAUUAGGUGGAGCAGAGUCAGUGUUGAAGAAUGGUGGAGAAAUCAACAGUUUUGGAUAAUUGCUGGGGUGUCUUCUCAUUUAUUUGCUGUUUUCCAGGGUUUGACUAAGGUUGUGGUGGGCUCCAAAACUAGUUCAAUAACAAAGACAUCCACACUGGAUAAUGCUAUGGAGCCUUACAUAUUCAAGUGGACAUCACUUCUGAUCUUGCCAACAACGUUGAUCCUCAUCAAUCUGUGGGCUGUGUUCAUAGGAAUAUCUUCAGCUGUCGGUGGUGAUUCUGGGUCAUGGCGCUUUCUGUUUGCUAAGCUCUGCUUUGCUUUCUGGGUAAUUAUCCAUCUCCAUCCAUUCUUGAAGGGGUUGUUAGUUCGCAAAUGCCAGUUGCCAACGGCAGUUAUUGUUUGGUCACUUCUUCUAGCAGCCCUGUUUUCUGCUUUAUGGCUCCGGCUUGAUCCUUUUACUAUUAGGUUCAGGGGACCUGAUGUGAAGGACUGUGGCAUUGAAUGUUGAUUCUGAUCUCUCGGCUUUCCAAAUUAUAAUUUACUGUAUGCUUUGCACCAACAUGUGCACACUCCUUACUCUCGAUUGACAAUGUACUCAAAAAAGAGGGGUUUGGGGUUGGACUGGUUCUGUUUAUAGUGCCAAGAUC